UUGGGCGUCCCUGUGAGAACCGGGAGUUGAAGGUGAACCCGCUCCGCCUGACAUGAGCAGAUGGCCCGAACGGUGCCGAUCCAAUCCCCGGCCGUCCGGUUGCUGGCGGUGGCUGCGCUGAUGGUCUCGGUCGUGGCGUGGCGGGCCGAGGCCUGCCAGCUGGCGGUGGGCCUCUGUGACCGGGAGCGGCUAGCUACCGUGCUGGACGCGAUCUACCCGACCAGCUCCCAGGUCCGACCGGACCACCCGAAGGACCUGCUCGACUGGGGCACCGCUCUGCUGGGGACGCUGAACGACACGGGCGGUGAACCGGGGCCCGCCAGACUGGGCAAUCUGGGCUACCGCUCUCUGCUCCACGAGAUACCACAGGCCGAGCGAGAGCUAGACCCCAUCCGCAGCGAUCCGGAAGAGGCAGGAUACAUUGCAUCACUGAACUCGAAAGUGUUCAGCAUCAACGUACCGUUCAACCCGGCGUACAGUGCCCGGGUUUCGGCGGAGUGUCGACGCCAGUCGGCCCUGUUUCUGCGAUCGUACGAGUCGUCGGACAUUUGGGCGCUCAGAAUGCACGACGCUAGCGCCAAAAUCGGCAACGGCAUUUUGAACGGCAACAUCAACCAGUACGGUGACUUCGACCAGUGCCUCGGGAUACUGCAGGAACCGGCCGCCAGCAACGGUGCACAGCCCGUGGUGCAGGGACGCUACUGUAUGGCGGAAGUGCAGCCGACGGUUAAGCCGAACACCGUGGUGCUGAAGUACCUGUUCGACCUCGCCCAAGCGCACGGUAUGCUGAGGAGCAGCCUGCAUGAUCCUGGCCAUCGGGUUCCCCGGUUCUCGACCGUGCACUGGGCCCUGUGCGUGCCGGCCGGUUGCACGGCGGCUGACGUCCAGCUGUCCCUGGGCGAGUUCCUGCAGGCCUACAUCAACGACACCGGCAUCGGGACGGAGGUGAAGGUAAGUCCGGCCCUCUGCCAAACGAAGCACCACAUCUGGCGGGAGUACUUCACCGACCGGACCCUGCUCGUCUGGGGUGGCCUGGCGCUGUACGGGCUGCUGGUGCUGGUCGCCACCGUGUACGACUACAAGCAAGCGGAUGGGGCCGAGCGUGCCGAGCUGCUGACGGCCUUUUCGUUGAUUCGAAAUGUCCGUGCGGUUGUCUGCCUGAAGGAGGAGCGCAACGAUAUUGCGUGUGUGCACGGGAUCCGCUUCCUGAACGCGAUGCUGCUGCUGAUUGCGCACAAAUCGAUGGCCCUCUUCUUCAACCCGUACGUCAAUCGGACGGAGAUGAGCGAGAUCCUCGGCCAACCGUGGACGGUGAUCGGGCGGGCGGCGGCCAUCUUUACCGAUCCGUUCAUCAUGUUCAGCGGCUUCCUGACCACGUUCUCCUUCGUGGAGCGCCUGGCGAAAGGGCACCGGAUCCGGCUGCACCAGGAGUACGCUGGGCGCCUGCUGCGCAUAGUGCCCCCGCUCGGUGCGCUCAUCCUGUUCUGCACGUUCGUGCUGCCGUUCCUCAGCGAUGGCCCACUCUGGAACCUGGUGGUCACCAACCACGGGGACAUCUGCAAGCGGUACUGGUGGCGCAACCUGCUGUUCAUCCACAACUACUUCGGCUUCCAGAACAUGUGCCUGACGCACACGCACCACGUCGGCAUCGACACGGAGCUGUUCUGCGUGGCCCCGCUCUUCAUCUACCUGAUCUGGCGCUGGCCCCGGCGCGGUAUCGCCGGCCUGGUGGCGAUCGCCGUCAUCACCACGGUCCAUCGGUUCUACACCACGUACCGCUUGCGGCUGGCCAACUACGUCUACUUCGGCACCUCGGUGAAGCAGCUGUUCGACACGGCCGACCACAUGUACACCCUGCCGUACUAUCGCGUCACCGUGUACAUCAUGGGGGUCAUCCUAGGGUACGCCUGCUCCAGGUACAAAACGAUGAAGCUGAGCACGCAACAACUCCGAACGGGCUGGUACGUCAGUAGCGUCUCGAUCGCGCUAGCGUUCUUCGGUCCCGCCCCCAUGGGCUCGCUGCACUACGUCUACAACCCGCUGCACGCGGCCAGCUACGCUGCGUUCUCACCGAUCGCCUGGUGCUUGUUCUUCGCGUGGAUCGUGUUCAGUGCCAAUCUGGGCUACAGCAACAAGCUGAUCGAGUUUCUGUCGUGGCGCGGUUUCCGUGUCACCACCCGGCUCUCGUACGCCAUCUACCUCACGCAGUUUCCCAUUUUUUUCUACAACGUUGGCCGCACCAGGGUACCGCAGUUUUUCGAGUUUUGGCCCGCCGUGAUCUUUAACACCAAUGAGUACGCCGUAGUGUUUCUAGCCUCGUUCCUACUAACGGUACUGUUCGAAACUCCAUUUAUCAACAUCAAAAAAAUUCUCUUCCGAACCAAACCACGGUGGAAGAAAUCCGCGACCGCGGGUCCGGCGGCUAGCAGCGCAACCGAACAAGCGCAAUCGGCACCACCGGUUCACGUAGGAAAGGCCACCGGCCUAGUAGACAGCAUGGAUGAGAACGAAAAUGACCAGUCAACCCCGAUCCUAGAAGAAGGCGCUACAAACAAGCACUGAAACGAUUUAUCCUACAACGAAGGCAUCAAGGGGGCUUUUUGUCGAUAGUUUACUGAUACCACUUCACGAAUGGAAAUGAAAAAUACUGGACUGAUUGGUGGAGCGUGUGGCGGGCCGUUCUAUACGCUAACAUUCUUGGCGCAAUUAUGAUAAAUAAUGAAACAGAUACUACCGACCGGCGUGUUGUCUUGUUCGUGAAUCAUCCAGUAUCUCGUCCAGCCGCGGCAUCGAAAUAUACAUAUCAUCGGGUUGGGGAAAAAGAAAUCAAUUUUUUUCCAACAGCCCACUAUUGUACUUUUCCAAAUUGUAGUGAAGGCGGAAAGGCGGGUUUUUAUUUCGUUUCAAGACAAACACGAGUGAGCCACGAUUUGAGGAAAGAGGAUACCCAAAGGAAGAAUGUUGUGCAAAUUGCCACGAACACGUACACUACGCUUUUUGUACGGAAAAAACACAAACAAAUAAUUUAUUAUAUACAGAAGCUAG